AUGGUAGAAGAGACAAGACAGAUUCUCUCCAUACAGUCGCAUGUAGUUCAUGGAUACGUUGGUAAUAAAGCUGCGACAUUCCCGUUACAAUAUCGGGGCUGGAACGUUGAUGCAUUAAAUACUGUUCAAUUUUCUAAUCAUCCUGGAUAUGGAUCUUUCACGGGAUUUAGAGAAGAUGAAGAGAAUCUUUAUAAAAUUAUUGAAUCAGGUUUAGUAAAUGGAUUAGGUAUUAAAUACAAUGCUAUAUUGACUGGAUAUUUGCCUUCAGUGGAUUCUUUACAAGGUAUAUCAAGAUUAGUUAAUGACCUAUGUCUCCAAAAACAAAUUCCAUGGAUUCUCGAUCCUGUCCUUGGAGAUAAUGGUAAAUUGUAUGUUGACAUGGAAUGUGUUACUAUGUACAAGAAAAUUUUGUCAACUUGUCAGGUAUAUCUGACAGUACCUAAUCAAUUUGAAAUGGAGACCUUAACAGGGAUGAAAAUUACAAAUAUGAAUACAUUGAAGCAAAGUUUUCAAAAAUUUCAUCAAUUAUACCCAGGUGUGCAAAGAGUUAUUGUAAGUAGUAUUGAUUUUCCAACCAAUCUCAAACAAAAACCAAAUUGUAAUACAUAUACAGUUGCGUUUACAGAAUUCUCAAAUUUUGAUAAUUUUCAGUAUUUCACAGUUGAUAAAAUAGAAGCACAUUUCAAUGGUAGUGGUGAUUUAUUCUCUGCAUUGUUAGUAGAUAUGUUAUUCCCAACGAGUGAUCGUGAAGUAUCUGUCUCUUUAGCUGUUGCUGUAGGUAAAGCUUUGGAUUUAACUCAUCAAAUACUGAAUAAAACAUAUAGACUCACUGUCAAACUAUCAGGAGCACAGUCGGGGACUCAUCCACAUCCUCCCUCCGUCCCACACAUCAAGGAUUUGAAAUUGAUACAAUCUGCAGAACUAUUGAGAGUACGCACAGAAGAUAUAGAUAUACGGUACCCAUUAUCUCAAGUUUAA